AUGUCGUUGGUACUCAGUUCGGACAUUAACGUUGAAGACACCGAAUCCGAUAAGCCAAGAAUCGAAAACGAUGAAGAGAGAUUGAAAACACGAAAGAUACGGAUUUAUCCAACGCCUGAAGAAAGAGAAAAGCUAAGAAAGAGGAUGGGAACCGUGAGGUGGACAUACAAUAUAGUACUUGAGAUGGUGCAGGAUGACGGGAUCACUGACAUGAGCGCUAUACGGAAGCGUUACCUGAACAACAAUAAAUGCUUCACUGAAGAAUUUUUAUGGGUAAAAGAGACUCCUAGGGAGAUUCUUACCAGGGAUUGGAAUAGGAACAGAGGAGAAUACGCGUUCCCAAAGAGUAUCAUCACCUCAGAACGACCACCAGAGAUCAAUAACACGGAGUACAAGUAUUGCAAGGUCAUUCAGUGCACCGAGGAGUACACUUCUAAGACAUGUGGGCAUUGCGGAAAAAUCAAUGGCAAACUGGGUGAUUCUAAAACUUUUUGGUGCAAUUCGUGUGAGGUAGAUGGAUCGGGACGUGAACGGGGAGAGGAACAUCUUACUCAAAUUGUUAACGGAGGGUCAGGUUUUGGCCUGACUUUAGGACUUGAACCUUUAUGGGAUACGAUAUGA